AGUUUUCCGUAUAUUUAAUUGCUUUUGAACAUAGAAGGUUUCCACAGCAGGAUUUUAGCAAUUGACAUAGAAGGUUAUUAUAGUUUUCAUUUUACAGCUGUUAUUUGAUGUUGUAUUGCCAUAGGAGUUUUGUCAAGCAUGCACAGCAAUAUUUUGUAGAGAUAUUCAACAAAAACACAAUUUUGAUAUUUUUUGAUAUAGAAGGUUUCCAUCCUACACCAUCGUUAUGUUAGUUUAUGUAUUAGAGUUACUUCCAGUUUAGAUUCUUGAUACAUCAAGAAUAUUAUUAUAUAAAAUUAUAACUGAUUUUUUUUCUCUAAAUAAUUAUUUUAAACAUGAGUUCUGAAGAAAACAAUGGAGUCACUGCCGAGGAAAAUAUAAAAUCUGAGGAAAUCUUUUUCACAAAACGUUUUCAUAGAUUGGCAGACAGUGAUGUUCACAGUGAUUGUGAAUUUGUAGUUGGUUCCGAAAAGAAAAUUAUCAAGGGACAUAAAUUGAUAUUCAGUGCAGCUAGUGACGUUUUUGAUGCUAUGUUCUUCGGCCCGUUUAGGGAAGACAAUAGUGUAAACAUUGUAGAUUUGAGGCCAGAGGGAUUUGAAGGUAUGAAGACAUUCAUUUAUACAAACGAAAUUUGUUUCAAUUCAGUGUCACAUGCUCUUUUCACCUACACUGCUGCUCAAAAAUAUCUAGUUACACAACUUGAAAAUGUGUGCAUCAAAUUCAUCGAAGAUAAUCUCAAACCGUCACAAGUGUUAGAGUUCUAUGAACUAUGCAAACUCAAUUGCAUAACAAAAUUCAAAAAGUUAUGCACCAGAAUAAUUCAAGAUGAAACUGAUGAGGUGAUUGCUAGUGAUUAUUUCGUCUCUGUAAAACCCAAGACAAUGAAAUUGAUUUUGAAAUCGCCAACCCUAAAAUUGAACUCAGAAAUAGAUGUUUUUGACAAUUUUGAACGGUGGGCCCUGGCUGAAGCAGAACGCAGGGCUAUCAACGAUAAUGACAUUGCUUCAAGCUUCGACGAUCUCAAGGAACACAUACGCUUCCUCACUAUCAAAGGGGACGAGUUGGCUCCAAGAAUUAUCCGUUCCAAACUGUUAACUGAGGAAGAGAAGUACUCUCUUGCUUUCAAUAAAUUGAAAACUCAUUCGAUUCCAUUGACUGGUGGCCUCUCACUCUUUCAGCAUAGACCUCGUAAAUUUCUUCUUCCACCGAAUGAUUGCAUUCGAACCUCUCAUUCAUUUUAUGUUCCAAUUAAUGACCCUGAAAUGGACGUAUUAGAAUAUGUAUUUGGCACCUAUAAAAUUCAUGCUGGCUAUCACUCAGGGUUCAUCUUCAUCUGGAUCACUUGUCACUCUCGCUGUGUAAAAAAAGUACUGCACUCAAUUAAAUACACAUUCAGAAUUCAAGCAAAAUAUGGAUGGAAUGACAUUGUCUAUGAAAAUGAGUACAGUCACUUGGAAAUGUUACAAAACAUGAGUAAAUGUUUACUAGCAGCAAUCCCUGUAAACAAACUGCAACAUUUUCCCAAAAGUGAUGAAAAUAAAGUCAAAGUUCAAGCAAUAUUCAAUUUCACCAAAAUAAAUUUAAAGAGUAUUUUUGAAAAAGCUACUUGAUUUAAUCUGUUCAGUAUUCUUUGAAUGUAUUGAGUU